CUGGUGGUAUUUAAUGAUUACGCUUAUCUGUCACUAUGUUUUCUGGCUGAUUUUCAUAAGUAUUUCUUUGUAUUCCAAGAACAUCAAAUGUCUAAUGUUGCGCAAUAAAUGUGGAUUGCCCACAAACUGAAACAGGAUUUGAGGUUCUCACGGCGUAUAUUGGUGGGCGAUGUUGGUAUUAAUGUAUGGUGGUCGAAGACUUCCUGCACAGCGUUUUGAAUAUGGCACUAGUUGGGAAGGAAAAGGAGAAAAAUGAUGCAGAAAAACCCAUCAUUGCAAGAACCGCAUACGAUUUGCAGAGAUUGAAAUUAGAAAAGUUGAUGAAAAACCCGGAGAAACCUGCACCAAUAGCUGAGAGACCAAAGGAGAAAAAUACACCUCACGUGCCAGACUUUGUGCGAAAUGUGAUGGGUUCAAGUGCUGGUGCAGGUAGUGGCGAGUUUCAUGUUUACAGACACUUGAGAAGAAAAGAGUAUGCUCGACAGAAAUUCAUCCAAGAGAAGGGUGAGAAGGAGCUCCUUGAAGAAGCUUAUCACAUGAAAAUUGAAGAGAACCGCAGGGCUGCAGAAGAAAGGACGGCAAAGAAAAGGGCCAAACGGCUCAAGAAAAAGAUGCAAAAGAAGCAAAAGAAAGAAGAUACGGUUGACCAUAAAAAUAACCCAUCCAGUGAUAGUGAGUCUGAAGGUAGCAAUAGUGGCACGUAAAACUGAACAGGUGAUACUUGUAGAAGCAAUAUUUAUUUUUGUAAAGAAAUAGUUGAAUAACUGCAACCACCAAGAUUGUAAUCAAAGAAAUUCUUUGAAUUUUGUAAAUAUAGUAUUAUUUUAUAUUUGCAUUCAUUGUAAAUAAUCAGUAUGUAUUCAAGCUGUGUAUGCAAAUUAAUGAUAACAAGAAUAAAUAAUCUCUUAAGCAGUUAAUGCAA